CCGGAUACACAGACGAAAAUCCUUAGAAAAAAUGGCUCUGACAGAAGACAGCAGGACGCUAUGGAUCGGAAAUCUUGAAGAUAGAGUGACAGAAGAGCUGUUGUAUGAGCUGUUUUUACAAACAGGUCCCAUUGAAAGGCUGAUCCUCCCCACUGAAGGUGAAGGUGAGGAGAAGAAACAUAUGGGGCAUGCAUACGUUGUUUUCCAACAUCCAGAAUCUGUACAGUAUGCCUCACAGGUAAUGGAGGGCUCAUCUUUAUUUGCACAUCCCCUUGCAAUCAAAGCUAGGGCACUCCCAGCCAAUUAUAAAAAGACAAACCUCAAUGCCCAGGCCAAAGGACGAUAUGACAACAGCUCAUUACGCGGGGGCAUGAACAAAUCGAGCACAUGGCAUGGAGGAAAUGAUUUUGCACCACGGGGUAGGGGCAACUUUAGGAAUAACCGUGGAGGCGUUUCAAAUUAUGCCCAGAACACAACUUACAACACAGGCUACAACUAUAACACCACAGGAAGUCAGCUAGCUAAUUCAGGGUACUGGAUGACUGGUCAGCAGCAGGCAAGUACAGACACAACCCAGACCACGUACAGCACGUCCAACACCUCCCUGGACGACAAGAGGCAGAGGCUGUUGCAGCAGCAGAGCGCGACGCUGGAGGCCCACCGCCAGAUGCAGCAGGGCGUGAUGAACAUGUACAUGGGCCAGAGCCAGUGGAACAACAGUGGCUACAGCACGGGCACGUGGAACAUGGGCGGGGACACCACAGGUUACCAGGGAUACACGGAUCAGUACGGGACAUGGUACCAACAGUAGCGCCUGGCUUAGGGUGAGAGAGUAUUGGCAAGUGCUGGAUUUGUGCUGAGUGAAAGGUUCUAGAGAAGUUAUGGUACCUACCAUACUACUGUCUGUAGAAGUUGUGGUACCUACCAUACUUGUGGUUCCUUGAGUGAAUGGUUUGGCUCAGUUAAAAAGUAUGUUGAAUUUGAGAGUUGCCGAACUAUCUGGUUGUUUUGUUAAUAUGGGGCAUAGCCAGGAUUCCAAGGCUUAGGGGGAGGGUGCCAAAGGUAAAGGUUAAUAGUGGUAGGAGACAAACAUGAUAGGUGAAGAUGUCAUUAGGGAAUAGGGAAGGUACCUUCAGUGGAAUUUGAAGCAAAGUCAUUAGAUUUUUUUUAUUAUCAAAUUACAUACAGCAGAACCAUAAACUCAACUUUAAAAAAUUAGACAUUUGAAUUUAAACUAUACAGAGAGUAUAGAACUACAUACUAGAUUAUACAGAGCUAUGUAAAUGCAAAGUUUUAUAUAAUACAAUGAUAGCUUGUUUACUUGUAAAUAUCAAAGUAAUCUGGAUAUUUUUGGUAGGGAUUUAUGGCUGAAUAACCUCCCUUUUCUUUCCCUGACCCUUGGCUAUGCCUGUAAGUAACCAAAAACUUAGAUAACUAAUAAAUUCUGAUGUUUUUUUAUAAUACUUUGCCUACAUUUAGUAUUAUAAGGUUUAAUUUUCUCUGUGCUUUUGUGAAUUUUAGUAGUUCACUUUAAAAAAUAAUGAAUUGUAAAUAAUCAAUGGUUAAAUCCGUUGGACAACUCAUUAAUUUUUAUGACAGCAAGUAUGCAGCUGUUUUAAUGAAUUAGAUGUUUCUGUAUAUUUUUGGUUUAGCUAGACAUUAAGAUUUGUAUUGCUAUUUUGAUUUUGCUGUACACAGAGUUAUGAUUUCUUACUGAUAUGGCAAAUGAUUGAAUAUGAUUGAAUGUGGUUCAUGUGAAAACACAGUAGAACCUCUUCUCCAUGUGUCUGUUCAGCAGAAUAUUUCUUGUUUAUUGAAGUGGUAGUAAGCAUUUGCACUAUUUUUUAUUAUCCUACAGACAAAAAUAAAUUAGGGCUUUGAUUUUUUUUUGUUAUUAAAAACUGGAGUAGGAAGACAAAUGUUAAGUGACAUCAGCAAUUUUUGUACAAUUGCUUUGGUGAUGACUUAGAACUACUUAAAAGCAUCUGUCGUCAUGUCAUUUUGCUUACACUUCUACCAUAAAAGUUCUUGCUAUGCUUACAUAAUUUUUGGGUGAAAAAAAGAACAAAAAUCUGAUCAUGUUUGAUUCUAUUUUAUAGCUCAGCCUCUGACUUGAGUCACACCAUUUCUGUACCAAUAGUUGCCAAUGAUCCAGGCAAUGGUUCUAUACACGUAGCUUAUGUACUGUGAGGGAGUGGGGUGUAACUAAGGUUCUACUGUGUCUCUUCUUUGUUGUAUACACAAUUUUUGCCUGCGUGGUCAAUUAUUUCACUGAAUAUGUUGUUAAACAUGUUUCCAUUUUCUGUAAAUAAAAUGUUUCCAC